AAGAAUCCAAGAUGCCGGUAGCAAAUACAAAUUAAUUUUACGCUUGUACCACGCACCGGUGAAUCUCCUUUCACUUAGGAAGCUAAUAAAAAAAUGCACAGAUGAAAGCACGCACGACAAGUCUGUCAUAAUUUUAAUAGUUGGUUUAGUCAGUUCAAACUUUCUUCUGGGGCAUUAUAAAAAAAAAAAUACUCUUUAUUUUUAUGAACCGAAUGUAAUAUUCAUCUGUAGAAUUAAAAAUACUACCAAAAUAGUAAACAAUUGGCACCUUAAUAAGAAACUAAGAAUAAUAAUUCGUUGCAUCUCGGUACGGCUAUUCCCAGAAUAAUAAUUACAUUCUUAAGUAAUUCGCUCCCCUUCCAUUUCUUUUUUCAAACCAAACAUAAUUACCGAUGGAAAGUUACGAGUCCAGCUUAGCCGUACUGUUCUUUUGAAAAUUGUGGAACGUUGCAACAGUCGUAUCACUUUUCAGCGUGCAAUUAAACCACGAGAAAAUUUAUCUGGAAUCGCAUGAGCGCGUCUACUUUUUUUUGCGUUUAUUUCUUUUCGCGGCGGCAACACCAACUUAUUCGCGCGCGAUCCCGUACCUCGCUCGUUCCCGCGCGCUCAUUGCGUUGUACCGCUUCAGUUGUCGCAAAUCAACGAGUGGGCCCGUGCAAUUCAAGAGAAACUCGGCAUUUCUUUCCGAUAUUAUGCAAAAAUUUAUCCCCGCCCGUCAAAUCAUUGUUUAAUGACAGCUACGCAGCCGCAAUCGGCCGGCAGUCCUCGUGGAGUUCUGGGACACGAAGGUUUAGUGCGAUCUCUCCGGCUGCGCUAUCGCGCAAUAAUCUUUUUCACGAUCGAACUUUAAGUCAUUUGUCUAUGUAACUAAUUAUCGCUCAUUUCCAAGUAAAAACAAUAUGACAGUGACUCGUAACGUAAAACACUAUAAAAUAUAAAUAGCGUAUGUGAAUUUUUCAAAUAAAGACUGGAUUUAAAAGAAGCUCAUUUAAUAAGUAAAGUGCCUCCGUUUUCAUCGUUGAAAGUGACUUAACACACAGCUUGAUCUAAUGUGCGAUAUGCGAUUGUUUUCGAACGUCAACUAGGUGUCUUCCACAAUGGAAUAUGCAAGAAUAUUUAUCUUAUGUCUACUGUGCAUCGCGCGCGCGUCCGAGAUGCCACCGGAGGAAAUCGUCGAAUUAACAGCGGAACCCUUGACAUACGAAGAUCUAUCGAGAAUCUCUGUACAGGGAACCGAUGGAAUCGACGAACAAUCCACGGAGAAUCCUCGCGACAAGAGGGCUCUCGGUCUUCUGCUAUCAGGACUGGCUCAGAUUUUUGGAUACACGGUGACUCCAAUUCAAUUCGCCUCACUGCCAAACCCGAACGUGACGAGUCCCGCCGCAACGUCCAAUUCGUCCAAGACGAAUGUCAAUGUAAAACAGCAAACUGCAUCUUCUCGGCCCGCGAAAAACACCACAAUGCCGAAGCAGCAAGAAACCAUCAGGUUCACCGGCGUGCUGAAUUUCGGCAAUAAUUCGAACAUCAUAGGACAUCUUCAGCGAUACGAGCAGAUCUUUCACGGUCGUGGAAAUAGUACAGCGCCGACUAUGAUGACGACGCCGCGACCCCCGACGGCUCCUACAAAGAUUCCGUUGGACCCGAGGACAAACACGCAGACGAGGCCGCCUCUGCUAGCGCCGUUCUUCGUCAAGAUCCCGUUGCCGAUCGCGCCCGAACUUCUGCCAGUCGGAACGCCUCACGAGGAUCUCGGGUUAUCAUAUCCCUCACCGACGGUCUCCAUCACGAGCGGCACAAACGAGAAUACAGAAACACCGGUUCGAAAAGAGCAAGAGACGGUAUACAGGAAUAAUGAGGACACAGAACGAUACACGGUGGAGGAAAAGGAUAUUUACGAUGAGAAGGACGUGAAGAAACCGGUGGACAAACAUAGUCAUCAACUAUUCGUCGAUGAGCCGCGGCGGAACAAGCAGCAGAACGACAGGCGCAACGAGCUGCAACGCAAACAAGAAGAGCAGCGCGUCAAAAAGCUGGAGCAGCAGGAGGAAAAAAGAAAUCGCGAUAAAGCUGCUCACUACGAUGAGAAAGAAAUGAACGAGAGAUACAGGAACCGCGAGCAGGCAAUCGCUGGUCGAAAUCGAGAGUACGCUCCUAAGCACGUGUCAACGGAAGAGAGAAAACCAGCGCGUGACGAAGAGGAGGAUGAAAGCUCCGCGGAGUAUACCAGUCGGGAGAAUCUCUCAAACGAGUCCUCGAAGCAAUCGUCAAAAGAGCAGAAAGAGAAAGAACAGAGCGAGGACUAUCCGAAUUACGACGAUCAUUCCAGCAGACACGCAUACAAGCAACCUGAAGAUACCGACAAAUACCCGGAAGUGAGGUACAAUCAGCAGUUGCCUAUCGGCGACUACUUCCACGAAAAUAAUCCCGAAGUGAUCCGCGACAGCUACGGUGAGGUGUUGGACAACAAGAAGCUGGAAGACGACAGAAUCGCCGGUUACAUAAGUAUGUUCAAGCAUCCGUACGUUCAAGCUGACGCGUACGAUUCGCGAAGAGCUCACCCCGAGGACGCGUCGAGGGAAGAAAAUGAGAGAGAAACAUCUGCCGAGGAUGGUUAUGACGAGCACUUGACCAGGCUGCAAAAGCUCAGGGAGGAAUACGCCCUGCCGGAGAAUAAAUACGAAGAAUACGACUUGAAUGACGAGGGUGAGGCGGACAGAAACGACAGAGAGAGCGAGAGAAUCCAAAAUCGUACGUCGGCAAGAUCGAGAGGACCUAAAACGGGACGGCUCCGUGAUAAGGAAGAUAAUCGCGCGAGACGACCGACCGGACCGAAUCGCGAUGUCGCGAGAUUAGAAAAUGCGAAGUCGCAGGAAGAGGUCGAUUUCGCGAGAUACGUGCCUCUAGUCGUGCCCGUGCGCUACAUCGACGCGAACGAGAAGGUACAGCAAGCAACCACGCGACAGCUGAACUACAAAGAGGCGGAUAAAUCGACGGACAGCCGGUUUAGCGAAGAUAACGUGGGUCCCACGCGAACGGUUCUCAAAGAGGACCUGACUCCGCAGAUCGGUUUGCCUGAGAGACCACGGCAGUUGCACGAGGGCGAGCACAAGGAGCUGCACGUGUGGCCGCCGCCUUUCGACUACGCCUUCGACAACACGGAACCCGCGAACGCUAUCAUCCCGCCAAAUCCGCGGAACUAUUAUCCACAGAACUACGCCCCGAAUUAUUACCAACAUGUCGUGAACCAGGUCGCGACGCAAGACGCGAACGACAAGUCGUCGGAGCAACCUUCCGGUUACAUCGUAGUCGUUGGUAAUCCGGCAUAUCCGUAUCGAUAUCCCUACAAUAUUUAUUAUUUCUCCAACGAAGCUGUAAACUCGCGAAAUCAAAUUCUUCAAUCGAACGCCGAAGUUGCGCAUCCGCGAAAUCAAAUUCCUCAACCGAACGCCGAGGUUACGCAUCCGCGAAAUCAAAUCUACGUUGCUCAGCAAAGCGCCAGUCAACAGAUUAUCCAAACGAAGCCCAAUAUCACUGAAUAUAAUCUGAACGAGACCACGAAUAGCCCUCGCGACUAUUACUAUCAGCCUCAGGAAGUUCCAGCGAGCGUUCUCGAUCGUUACAGAUACAUUUUGGGAGAAACCGGAGAACGCGCUCCUCAAGUCAAAGAACCGUUUAAUAUCGAGAUAAGAAGUCAAAUUCCUAACGUGGAAAACUGGUCGAACAGAAUAUAUCGGCCGCAGGUGCCGAGUAAUACGGCCGAGGAAGCUCCUCGACCGGUCUACGUACAUUCGCAGAGUAUUGCGUCUGCAAAUCAAAACGCGCAGAGCGGACCGUCGGAAAGGCCGCGUCAUUCACGGCUGCUGAGGAAACGAAAGAGUGUACGACCGCAGAACGUACGUCGCAAGGAAGAUGAGAAGGCAACGACUCCGCAACCGAAGAACGAGCCUGAAGAAUUCCUGAAAAAUGAGCCUAAAGAAUUCCCGAAGAGCAAUAAACCGUUCGAAGAUCCCCAGAGCGCGCACGAUUUCUUCGGCUUCAGCAAGGACGAUUACAACUUCGGAAGCGAAAGCAGCGAUGCGACGAAAGUUGUCGAGGAAAAUGGCAAAAUUGCGGAGGAGUCGGACGUGCUCGUUGCACCGGAACCGCCGAUCGCUUAUCAUCACGAUGAUGAAAGUAUCGCGAAAGACGCCGAUGAUCCGGAAAAUAAUCCGGAGAAAGCCAAAGUCACGGAAUACCGGAACAAAGUGACGACCUUGAGGGUGUCGGAACGGAGGCAAUUAAUGCCAAACGGGCCGAUCCACUACGUGGACUUUAUACGCAAGCUCUGAUUGUAAUAUGUUAGUUAAUGUAUAAUAGAAAUAAUUCGAGUAAAUUAUUGGUGUGCGACGAAACGUUGUUAAUUUGUUAAUUCGCGCAACUAAUAAAACCUGUUUCACGGCACGGAAAAUUUGUCACAUGUUUCAUAUAGCAUCUGUUGCUGGCACGAAGUUCUCGAGUUGUAGCUGACUUUAAUUUUAACACAGUUCUCUUCUAUUCUGUCAUUCUCUUUCAUAAGAAUCACGUAAAAUAUGUAUAAUACAGAAAAGGAAGAAAUGUAUAAUUUAUUAAAAUUGAGAUAUUAUAAGUAAGCUUGUCAUAAUAUAAUAUUAAUAGUCUGUGCAGACUAUUAGUGGAAUAAAAUUACACACAAAUACACGCAAGCGAGUCUUUUUUAUUAAAAAAAUAAUAAUAAAAAGAUUUUUUGAUUCGAUACUUCGAACAUUCUACAUUUUAAA